CAACAGUAAGGCCCCGCGGGCGUCCUGGCCGCCAUGUGCACCGCAGUGGACCCCCGCAUCCUCCGGAGAUACGUACUCAGGCGGCAGCUCGGGCAGGGGGCCUAUGGCGUUGUGUGGAAGGCAGUGGACCGGAGGACUGGUGAGGUCGUGGCCAUCAAGAAAAUCUUUGAUGCUUUUAGGGAUAAGACAGAUGCCCAGAGAACAUUCCGGGAAAUCACGCUUCUCCAGGAGUUUGGGGUCCAUCCCAACAUCAUCAGCCUCUUUGACGUGAUCUGGGCAGAGAACGACAGGGACAUUUACCUGGUGUUUGAGUUUAUGGACACUGACCUGAAUGCAGUCAUCCGGAAGGGCGGGCUGCUGCAGGACGUCCACGUGCGCUCCAUCUUUUACCAGCUCCUGCGGGCCACCCGGUUCCUCCACUCGGGGCACGUCGUGCACCGGGACCAGAAGCCGUCCAAUGUGCUCCUGGAUGCCAACUGCAUAGUGAAGCUGUGUGACUUUGGCCUGGCCCGCUCCCUGGGCGACCUCCCCGAGGGGCCCGAGGACCAGCCCUUGACAGAGUACGUGGCCACACGCUGGUACCGAGCUCCGGAGGUGCUGCUCUCUUCGCACCGAUACACCCUUGGGGUGGACAUGUGGAGUCUGGGCUGUAUCCUGGGGGAGAUGCUGCGGGGGAGGCCCCUGUUCCCAGGCACGUCCACCCUCCACCAGCUGGAGCUGAUCCUGGACACCAUCCCGCCACCAUCCGAGGAGGACCUCCUGGCUCUCGGCUCAGGCUGCCGUACCUCUGUGCUGCACCACCUGGGGUCCCGGCCACGACAGAUGCUGGAUGCCCUCCUACCGCCAGACACCUCCCCAGAGGCCUUGGACCUCCUUAGGAGACUCCUGGUGUUCGCCCCGGACAAGCGGUUAAGCGCGACCCAGGCACUGCAGCACCCCUACGUGCAGAGGUUCCACUGCCCCAGCGAUGAGUGGGCACGAAAGGGAGAUGCGCGGCUCCGGGCACGCGAAGGGGUCCAGCUCUCUGCGCCUGAGUACCGCAGCCGCAUCUAUCAGAUGAUCCUGGAGCGUGGAGGCAGCAGCGGCACCUCGAGAGAGUUGGGCCCGGAGGGUGUCUCCCCGUGCCAGGCACACCUGCACAAACCCAGAGCCGACCCUCAGCUGCCUUCUGGGACACCUGUGCAGGGUCCCAGACCCAGGCUGCAGAGUAGCCUGGGCCAUGAGCCCCCCGAGCACGAGUCCCCCCGUGCAGCCAAGAACAUUCCCAGGCAGAACUCCACUCCCCUGCUCCAAACUGCACUCCUAGGGAAUGGGGAAAGGCCCCCUGGGGCGAAGGAAGCGCCCCCCUUGACACUCUCGCUGGUGAAGCCAAGCGGGAGGGGAGCUGCGCCCUCCCUGACCUCCCAGGCUGCGGCUCAGGUGGCCAACCAGGCCCUGAUCCGGGGUGACUGGAACGGGGGCGGUGCGGUGAGGGUGGCCAGCGCAAAACAGGUCCCUCCCCGGCUUCCUCCGGAGGCCCGGCCCGGCCGGAGGAUGUUCAGCACCUCUGCCUUGCAGGGUGCCCAGGGGGCCGCCAGGGCUUUGCUUGGAGGCUACUCCCAAGCCUACGGGACUGUCUGCCACUCGGCACUGGGUCACCUGCCCCUGCUGGAGAGGCACCACGUGUGAGCUGCCCUACUCCCUUCACUUGGACCCCUGUUCCUGCCCCAGCCCCUUCCCCAGACCCCUCCCCAGUCUCCUGCACCCCUUAGCCCUCCCUGCUUUGCCUGGCCACAUUGAAGUUCCAGGGAGCUUGCCUGGGUCUCCUCGGGGGAGCAGAUGAGGGCCCUGCCCCAGCCCCACUGACUUCCUCCAAUAAAGUCAUGUCUGCCCCAAACCUAA